ACAGAUGAAGUGUGGGCUGGUUGCGCGCUUUGGGCGCACGGGGGGAGUGGGAGGAGGUGAGGACAGAGGUGGAGGAGGAGGUGGAGGGUGGAACGAACCUGCCCACUGGAACAAAGCAGGCGGCAGUGAUGCUGCACUCUUUGAGGAUAAAUGACUUCACUUUGCGCCGUGGGGCUUCACAGCACGAGCGCGGACUCGCACGGUGCUUCCACGGGCAAAAAAAGUGCGCAUGAGCAUUCUUGUUUAAGUAUGAUACAUUGCAAAAACUUUUUAAAAUAAGAUUAUAAUUAAAAGUGGGGAGUUAGAAAAUCCUAACUGGUGUCUUUUCUUUCUAGUUUACAUGUUUUCUGAGAGCAGAGGUUUGGUGUCGUUGCAGAUUCUCUCUCAUGGAUGUUUUACCGGAGGGCAUUACUCCAGAGACUCCUCGAGUCCUCCUGCUGUGGUGCGUGGCUGUGCUCCUCACUCUCCACCUGUGGAGGUGUCUCUGGAUCCGGAACACACACCGUCCGCCCGGUCCGAUCGCUUGGCCCAUCAUCGGCAACGCUGCGCAACUUGGCAAUGCGCCGCACAUAUACUUUACGCGUCUGGCUGAGAAAUACGGGAACGUGUUCCAGAUCAAACUGGGCUCUCGGGCUGUGGUGGUGCUGAACGGAGACGCCAUCAAAGAGGCGCUGAUCAAGCGGGGGAUGGAAUUUGCCGGGAGACCGGACUUCACCUCUUUCAAGCAUGUCGCCGGCGGGGACAGCAUGGCUUUUGGCGUCAUGACGGACUCGUGGAAGUUGCACCGCAAAGUGGCCCAAUCCACUGUGCGGAUGUUUUCCACAGGCAACGUGCAGACCAAGCGGAUCUUUGAGGGUCAGAUCCUGUGCGAGCUGAAGGAGCUGCUGUCGCUGUUCGUGAGGAAAACCGAAGCGCAUCAGUUCUUCCAGCCCAUGUUCGAUCUCGUGGUGUCCACCGCCAACGUCAUGAGCGCGGUGUGUUUCGGGAAGAGGUACUCCUACGAGGACGAUGAGUUUCGGCAGGUGGUGGGUAGAAACGAGCAGUUCACCAAAACAGUGGGAGCGGGGAGCGUCGUAGAUGUCAUGCCCUGGCUCCAGUAUUUCCCAAACCCCAUCAGAACCCUGUUUGACAGCUUCAAAAAGCUCAACCUGGAGUUUACCUCGUUCAUCCGAGACAAAGUGGUUGAACACAGAAAGACAAUCAAGUCGAUCACCAUCAGGGACAUGACAGACGCGUUUAUCGUGGCGCUGGAGCAGAUCAAGGACAGUGUGGGGGUGUCACCACACAAGGACUUCGUGACCCCCGUCCUUGGAGAUAUCUUUGGAGCCAGCCAAGACACAAUGUCAACUGCGCAGCAGUGGAUCGUCCUCCUAUUUAUAAAGUUUCCCGAGAUUCAGCUUCGUCUGCAGCAGGAAGUGGACAAGGUGGUUGGCCGGAGUCGGCUGCCCUGCAUCAAUGACCAGGUUCAGCUGCCUUACGUCAUGGCCUUCUUCUACGAGGUGAUGCGCUUCACAAGCUUCCUACCACUCACCAUCCCGCACUCCACCACCAUGGACACCUCAAUCAUGGGCUACACCAUCCCAAAGAACACAGUCAUCUUCAUCAACCAGUGGUCCAUCAACUGCAACACGGAUAUGUGGACCAACCCUCAGACCUUUGACCCUGAGCGUUUCCUGGACCAGCAGGGGGCCCUGAACAAGGACCUGGCUGGCAAAGUGCUUAUCUUCUCCCUGGGGAAACGGCGGUGCAUUGGCGAAGAGCUCUCCAAGCUGUACCUCUUCUUGUUCACUGCACUGAUCGCUCAUCAGUGCCACAUCACCUCUGAUCCAGCAAGGCCCCCACAGUUAGACUACAAAUACGGUCUGACAUUGAAACCCCAUCCUUACUUCAUAGCAGUGUCUCUCCGCCAAGAUAUGACACUGCUGGAUGAAGUCGUCCAGCGGGAAGCAGAGGGUGAGGCUACACCAGACUGAUGCUCUUUCCCUCCAUCUCCCCCGCCCCAAAUAAAUGCAAUACAUAAACUAAUUUGUAAACUAUGAAGGUUGAAGAGCACAA